GCGAAGGUGUCCAAACUGACAAUGCUUGGGAGAUGAAGAUAGUGUGUAGCUGCUUCUGGGCUCAAGGAGGAGGAGAGGAAUCCACAAGCCGACACGAUGAGAUCCAAGGCGCGGGCGAGAAAACUGCCCAAAAGUGACAGCGAGAUUGUAAAUAAUAUGUACGAGACCGACCCUGAUCUCCUUGCUGGCGAAAGUGCAGAGGAGGAAACAGAGGACAGUAUUAUGUCCCCCAUUCCUGUCGGACCUCCAUCACCCUUUCCCACCAGUGAGGACUUCACUCCCAAGGAGGGCUCACCUUAUGAAGCUCCCGUCUACAUUCCUGAUGACAUUCCAAUCCCACCAGAUUUUGAACUCAGAGAAUCUUCGAUCCCAGGGGCAGGGCUAGGGAUUUGGGCCAAAAAGAAGAUUGAAGUUGGGGAAAGAUUUGGACCCUAUAUGACAGUACAAAGGAGCACAUUAAAGGAAACAAACUUUGGAUGGGAGCAAAUACUGACUGAUCCCGAGGUGACGUCCCAAGAGGGCAAUAUCAAAAAGAUUGCUGAUGACCUGGGAAAUGAGAAGUUCUGCAUUGAUGGUAGCCAGAGCGGAGCUGGGAACUGGCUGAAGUACAUCCGCGUGGCCUGUUCCUGCGACGAACAGAAUCUCGCCGUGUGUCACGUUAACGACCAGAUCUAUUAUAAAGUUAUUAAAGAAAUUGAGCCAGGAGAAGAGCUCUUGGUGUAUUUGAAGGAAGGUGGUUAUUCACUUGGGAACAUGGCGCCCAGCAUGGAAGAAGAGCACACGUUUCGCUGCGAGGACUGCGAUGAACUUUUCCAGUCGAAGCUCGACCUGCGGCGGCACAAGAAGUACGCCUGCACCGCCGUCAGCUCCCUCUACGAGACCCUGAAUGACGAGAUCAAGCAAGAAGGUCUUGGAGAUGGCCAGGUCUAUGAGUGCAAAGACUGCGAGAGGAUGUUCCCCAAUAAAUACAGCCUGGAGCAGCACAUGGUGAUCCACACCGAGGAGAGGGAGUACAAGUGCGACCAGUGUCCCAAGGCUUUCAACUGGAAAUCCAACCUGAUUCGGCACCAAAUGUCUCACGACAGCGGGAAACGGUUUGAAUGUGAAAACUGUGUUAAGGUGUUUACCGACCCCAGCAACCUCCAGCGGCACAUCCGUUCCCAGCACGUCGGCGCGCGGGCCCAUGCCUGCCCGGACUGCGGCAAAACCUUCGCCACCUCCUCCGGCCUCAAACAGCACAAGCACAUUCACAGCACUGUCAAACCUUUCAUAUGUGAGGUCUGUCACAAAUCCUACACGCAGUUCUCCAACCUCUGCCGUCACAAGCGGAUGCACGCGGACUGUCGCACCCAGAUCAAGUGCAAGGACUGCGGGCAGAUGUUCAGCACUACCUCCUCUCUCAACAAGCACCGCCGCUUCUGCGAGGGCAAGAACCAUUACAGCCCGGGCGGGAUCUUUGCCCCCGGCCUCCCCCUAACGCCCACUUCCAUGAUGGACAAAUCCAAGCCCUCUCCCAACCUCAAUCACGCCAGCCUGGGAUUUAAUGAUUAUUUUCCAUCCCGCCCGCACCCGGGUGGUCUUCCAUUCUCACCCGCCCCCCCAGCGUUUCCUGCCCUCACUCCGGGAUUCCCAGGGAUUUUCCCACCGUCUCUGUACCCCAGGCCCCCCUUGUUACCACCCACACAACUGCUCAAAAGUCCCCUCAACCACACUCAAGACGCAAAGCUUCCAAGCCCCCUUGGGAACCCAGCACUCCCUCUGAUCUCUGCAGUGAGCAACAGCAACCAGGCCGCGUCAGGGGAGGAGAAGUGUGAGAGCAGCCUGGAAAACUCCUACCUGGAGAAGCUAAAAGCCAGGAACAGUGACAUGUCCGAUGGCAGCGACUUCGAGGACGUCAAUACAACCACAGGCACAGAUCUGGACACCACUACUGGCACCGGUUCUGAUCUGGACAGCGAUGCAGAGAGUGACAGGGACAAAACAAAAGAUAAGGGCAAACAAAUUGAGAGCAAGCCAGAUUUUGUCAGCAGCUCUGUGUCUGCAAGUUCCACCAACAACACGAGUGAGAUCCCCCUCUUCUAUUCUCAGCAUUCCUUCUUUCCUCCCCCCGAGGAGCACCUGCUGCCUACCACGGGGGCAGCCAAUGACUCUAUUAAAGCUAUCGCCUCCAUCGCGGAGAAGUAUUUUGGGCCUGGCUUUAUGGGGAUGCAGGAGAAAAAGAUGGGUUCGCUCCCGUAUCAUUCCAUGUUCCCUUUUCAGUUCCUCCCCAAUUUCCCCCAUUCACUCUAUCCUUUUACGGAGCGGACCCUCAAUCACAACUUGCUGGUCAAGGCAGAACCAAAGUCACCCAGGGACCUCCACAAAGUAGGCAGCACCAGCUCAGAGUCGCCCUUCGAUCUCACCACAAAGCCAAAAGAGAUUAAGCCAAUCUUGCCGCCACCCAAGGUCCUGCCAGCCCCAUCCUCAGGGGAAGAACAGCCACUGGAUCUGAGCAUUGGCAACCGCAUCCGAGCCAGUCAGAACGGAGGAAGAGAGCCACGGAAGAACCACAUUUAUGGGGAAAGGAAGCUGAUGGCAAGUGAAGUCUUACCCAAGAUUUCCCAGUCGCAGCUGCCUCAGCAGCCAUCCCUGCAUUAUGCUAAGCCAUCACCCUUUUUCAUGGACCCCAUAUACAGCAGGGUGGAGAAGCGGAAGGUGACAGAUCCUGUGGGUGCCCUAAAGGAGAAGUACCUGCGACCCUCCCCGCUGCUUUUUCACCCCCAGAUGUCAGCCAUAGAAACAAUGACAGAGAAACUGGAGAGUUUUGCAGCCAUGAAGGCGGACACUGGCACUUCCCUGCAGCCCCUUCCACAUCACCCCUUCAACUUCCGAUCGCCGCCGCCCACGCUCUCCGACCCCAUCCUGCGCAAGGGCAAGGAGCGAUACACCUGCAGGUACUGUGGUAAGAUCUUCCCUCGCUCAGCAAAUCUGACAAGGCAUCUGCGGACGCACACUGGAGAACAGCCCUACAGGUGUAAAUACUGUGACAGGUCAUUCAGCAUUUCCUCCAACCUCCAGCGGCACGUUCGAAACAUCCAUAACAAGGAGAAGCCAUUCAAAUGUCACCUGUGUAACCGAUGCUUUGGGCAGCAGACCAACUUGGACCGACAUCUUAAGAAACACGAACACGAGAAUGUUCCAGUGAGCCAGCACUCCGGAGUCAUUACAAACCACCUUGGGACCAGUGCCUCUUCCCCAAACUCGGAAUCCGACAACCAUGCACUUUUAGAUGAAAAAGAGGAUUCGUAUUUCUCUGAAAUCAGAAAUUUUAUUGCAAAUAGUGAGAUGAAUCAAGCAUCAACUUUAGCAGAUAAAAGGCCAGAAAUCCAGGAUAUUGAUGGCAAUUCCCAGUGUCAUGGAUUAGCAAAUGAGAAAACAGAAGAUGUGGAUGAUGAAGAUGAAGAACUGGAAGAGGAAGACGAUGACAGCCUGACAGGGAAGUCACAGGAUGAAACGGUAUCACCCGCCGCAGAGCCCCGAGGAGCAUUUGAGGAUGAGGAGGAUGAAGAGCCCACAUCUCUCACCAUGAGCUUUGACCACACCCGAAGGUGUAUUGAGGAGGACGAAGCCGGCUUGUUAGAUUUGGAGCAGAUGCCGAAUUUUGGGAAGGGGCUGGAUCUUCGCAAAGCAGCCGAGGAAGCAUUUGAAGUUAAAGAUGUGUUUAAUUCCACCUUAGACUCUGAGACAAUAAAACAGACUCUGUACAGGCAGGCUAAAAACCAGGCUUAUGCAAUGAUGCUGUCCCUGUCUGAGAACGCUCCCCUCCACACGUCCUCCCAGAACUCGCUGGGUGCUUGGUUGGACAUGGCAGGAGCAGCUUCAGAGUCGGGGACCUUUAACCCCAUCAACCACCUCUGAGAGGUCACCAAGGCACUGGCCAGAGUCCAAGCGAGGAGGCGGUGGUGCUGCAAUUAUCCUAGCAAAAAUCCUAGCAAGCAGAAGAUGGAUGAGAGGGCCUCAGGGAGUCGUCUGGACUUUUGGCUGAGAAGGAAACCUGUCGCAUCCGACCUGCAAGUCCUGCAUUUUUAUCUCUCCAGAGUUUUCACUUCUAAUUUAUCAGAACGAACCUCUCCAGAACUGGACAACCCUGAUGCAGCCCUAGGAGUUCACAGUCUAUAGGAAUAGCACGAGCAAGACACGAAUUGCAACGGUGCAAUCAAAUAUUGGCCCCUCUAACGUUACAAACCAGUCUCACUGAGCCAGUAAAGCCUGCGUAUUAAUGAAAGCUUGAAACCAUUCGGUAGCAUUUCCUUCCAAUUCAGCUGGAUAGUGAAGUCAUAAGGCAAGAGAGCCAGGUGCGACCCAUCCCUGGUGCAAUUCUGACCUAGUCACUGGAGUUAUACCAGGGAAGGGUAAAUUCAACCCAUUUAAUUGACCCCCAAAAGAAUUUGAAAUUCUGCGCUCCCACAGAAAUGCCGCCCUAUCCCUUGUUCCCAGUGAAACGUAUUGGCACAGUGCAAAGCGUCUCGAAUGCGAGGCCACGUUGCCUGCACUCGUGAUACACCACAUCCAGCGCCCCGGGUGAGAAAUCUUCAGCCUGGGGCGUUGCUGAGGUUGGGGUUAUCGAUGUACCGUGCAAAUCUGUGGUUCACGGUCACGGCUGUGCCCUGGAUGCCCUGUGUGCGUGUGCCUGCGCUGCGAGGUUAGGAGAGCUUUCCUUCUCCGUGCGCCCGAGCUGCCGCGGGGCUGGGAGCGUCGGCGUGUGUCAGAGCAAGGCGUGCGCAGCUGGUGAGGGGCCGGGGGCACCGCCAUGGACCGGGCUGCGGGAAAUGCUUGGACUUUCCCAGGCAGAGCGGUCCCGGGGUAAACCCCUGCCCGUGCGCGAGAAGGCGCGCGUGGUGGGCGAGGCUCGCCUUACGGGGGGCGAUUCAGGCACAUCUUCUCCUUUAUCUCCCAGGGCUUCUUUGGGUUUUCUUAGAGCGACAUCCUUUCGGUGUCGAUAGUAUCCAGGAACUGUGGCAGAAAUUUCUGACUCAUGCAGUUGUUUUGGUAUGCUGGAUGGUUGCUCAUGCAUAGCACACCGCUGUUUGGCCUCUAAUUUAAGUAGAAAGAUUAAAAUUUCCUUGCUUCAGCAUCCUCAGGGGUACGGCCCUCUCUUCGAGCACACAGCUAAGAAUCAAAUUGUCUCUCUGACUCUAAAAUUGCUCACAGGUAUUUAAUGAGUGAUUUUUAAAUCGCUUCAAAGUCUCAUCUUCUUUACCGAUACAAAGCAGCCUCCAGAAGUACUGUGGUGUUCAUGCUGUUCUACACUGCAGUUGCAAUCUGCUGUUGGAGCAGCGGUUUCGCAGGUAAAGCUGAAUUACGGAACAGUCAGGAAAGCAAUCGGACCUUGCAAAGAGUAACGUUGGCCACACAGAUAAAGUUUAGAAUGUGUGUCCUGAGAAUUUUUCUAAGUGCAGCAUCUAAAGACGAGAAAUGCCGAGGCUGGAGUGCUCCUGCCGCUGAGGGAGGACACGCGCUGCAUUUCGCCCGUUGCAGCUCCACAGCCACGGCCUGGCUGGGCACGGGUCGCGUCCCGAGCCAGGGAGGUCGAGAGGAGCUUUUCCCACUGACUUCAGCGUAUUUUAGUGCUGGGCGUGCUUCUAGGAAGUGUUGUACCAAGUGAUAACUGCUUGCAGAACUGGGUUAAUGGCCGAUUUCAGAGAAACAGCAGCCAGCGGUCAGUAUAUCUGCCUGUAAAUACUUGACGUGCGCAGCCCCUCUGCCUUCCCGGCGUGGAGAGAACAGCCGGAGGCGUCUGUGCCGGGCCGGUGUGAAGGGAGGCGGUGGCGAAGCCUCAUCCCAGCAUGCCAAAACAAAGGCAGCCGCCACUCAACUAAAGCGGAGGUUGUGUCAGGAACAAGACCCUUGUAACUCCCUCCCUGCAGCCAGGAGGCUGGUUUGGGAUAGCCGGGAGCAUCCCCUGUCCCCGGGGGGAAGCGUCUGGGGUAGCUUUGGCGCAGAAGGGACUCCAGGUAGAUUGAGCAGCACCGGUGUGUUUCCCAAGAGCGUUUACCCUUCCUUUUUGGUUUUCGGCAAGGCCCUGUGAAAGUGCCCAAGGCUCCGAGCCCACCGGUCGGUGUAAGCCGAACUGCUCCGUGUAUUUGCACAAGGCUCCGGGGUGAGGAGAGCCCGAGAGCCCAGAAUGUCAAAAGAAAGCCGGCUCUGCGACGGGGCCGGGCCGUUCCCGUCCCGGCACAUCUGCCUCCGCUGCUGCUGCAGCACAGCCCUGCCCAGGCGCUUGGCCUUUAAAUUAUUCCCACGGGGGCCAACUGAAAAUAAUAAAAGAAUUGUGUUUUUUUUUUCCUGAUGGAAUUUAUUUUAAUCUGUAUAUAACUUGUAAUUUUUUGCUAAUUCUUUUCCUAUUUUAUUUCUUCCUUAACAGUAUUUUUUGCAUUAGAUAUCACUAUUGUGAAGAAAUAAUGUUAAUAUAAGUAUGUAGUGAAGGACCAAAAUGGUGUAAUUAAGGUUGUAUGUUGUAUGAUUGAUAACCAGGGAGUAGGAAGAUUUUGUCCACGUGCCAAGUGACCCCGAUCAGUCCUGCUAGCCUUGCUGCCGACUCUCCAGACAAUCACACGGUCUGUUACUUUUGCCUUGAAGCGGCCGCUGCGUCAGACGCGGGUUUCUAUUUAUUUCCUCGGCCGGUUGGAAAAGCAAACGCAGCCUCCGCCAGCGAGCGAGCGGCCCCUUCCCCGCGCGCCCUUCGCCGAGCACGGCCAGCAGGACCGGGGAGGCCAGCAAGGGAUGCCACCGUGCCACAAGUGAUGCCACCGGUCUGACAAGUGAUGCCACCAAGCCGCAAACAAUGCCACCAUGCUGCGUGUCCCCCCGGCAGCCCCUGCCGCCCGCUGGGACUGGGGUGCAGCCCCAGGAGCUGGGGGGACCCGGUGCCUCCCCGGGUGCUGCAGCCCUGGGAGGGAGCAGCUGACGGAGCCGGGGGCCAGCGGGCGACUCUGCCGAGGGGACGCGGACACGGAGCUGGUGGCAGCGCUGGGUUGGUGGGGGCUGCCAGCCUGGCUCCCCGGCACACACAGACUCAUCCGGCGAGCGAUGCCAGCACGGCCCGGAGCAGCGCUCAGCCGCUGUGGGACCGUCAGACCUGCAGGUUCCCAGACCUGCCCCAGGAGAGCACGGAAACGCAGCCCGGCCUUACGCACGGGGAUAGAUGGGUCCUGUCCGUUACAGCACGAAAGCCCGAGCUGCAGCCCCCUGGCUCCUGGAGUAUCUGCUUGGAGCGAACCCUACGUCUGAGCAUCUUUCUGCGGGGCCGCAGCGCUGUCUGCCCUGUCGGAACGAGAUCUGUGGGUGACGGCAAGCGCUCGCGAGCUCUGGCCCGGUGUCGUGUUCAUCGUCGCUGAAGCAACCUCUGAAGGCACCGCGCUCCUCGGCAGGAGGAGACAGCGCGGCCGGGGGAGCGGCAGGGAGCCGGGCUCCGGAGUCGGGCCCAGCACCGAGCAGUGCAGGCGUUCCCGUGGGGGUUUCUCUGGGGGUGUUCGUGGUGUCCCCCCCAGUGUCUCAGCCCCCGGCCGGUCGGGGUUUCUCCCGAAGCACCGUUUGUUGGCAGCUCCUGGCUCUGCCGAGCUCGCGCCGUUGCCGUCUCCCUCGCAGGCUGUUCUGCUCCCCGGGGCUCUGCGGCCAGGGAUGGGGAGGUACAAUCCAGCCAGGGAUUAAGGACAUUAAAAAUAGCGUUUUUAAAAUCAUGAAAUGAUUUUUUUUUUCCUUUUCAUAUUUCCUAAUUCAGUUUUCUUCCCGUUUUCUCUAGCUAGUGUCUGUUUGUUGUAGGAUCUCCCGACUCCUCUAAUUUAGCACUGAUUACAAGUUUUAAUUUUCCCACGGUUAAGAUAAAUAAACAGAAAGCCUCACUGAAUCUCUAUUUAUCUUGUAGCUUUCAUUCAAUUGCACUUGAAAUGUGUUGCAACUCCUGGCAGAUGUUUUAGGUUUUGAUUUGCUGUUGCAGACAACAGCAAUCCCUUGUUCUGAAGGGCGUCUCGAGGCGGGUUCUGCCACCAGGGCGCAGGGUGACAGCUCUGGGUCCCUUGGCUUCCCUGGGCCAUGGCUGCCACCAUCGCCCGGAGCUGGGGCGCCGUGGCCCUGGAGCGGCACAGCGGGGCGUGGGGGGCGGUGACCAGAAUUGCUCUUUGUUGGAAAGCCAGGGCACCGCUCGAGGUGGGAUUUAAACCAAGAAUAUUCGUGUAGCAUCUAUUUAUUAAGAGUAUUUUCACAUCUCGUAGCCAUAUCGCCACAAGAGCAAGGAGGAGAGGCGGGGAAAGCCCUGUGAAUUUGGGGUAUAACCAGCUAAGCCGACGGCCCCUGGCUGUUCCCGGGCUGAAGUAAAGCUGCCCUGAGAAGGGUCCUUGCUUCUCCCGAGCACGGCUGUGAUCGCGGCUACGUCCUUCUGCCUGAGCCGGGUCGGGAGGGGAAGGUGGGUCUGACGUGGGUGAUUUCCCUUUCUCUCGCCUGCUCGGCCCGCGGCAGUGGGGACUCGUGGGGAUGGCUGUGGGUGAUGCAGGUGCUGCGUGGCUGCCGUGCCGGGCUCUCCUUUGGGCCACGCCAGCCCCCGCUUUGCUGUGUGCCGCACACGGGUGUCCCUGCGGGGCCGGUGCCUGCCUGUGACAGUGCCCCGGGCCGGGUCCUGCGCCUGGCGGGUGCGAGGGGACACGAGGGGACGCCAAGGGAUGCGCAGGGCUCCGCAGGAGCAGCCGGGUGCCGGCAGCAAAGCCGAACCAAGCGGGGCGAAACGGCAAAACGCCGUCCGAGUUUUCUCAACUGCAUUCGGGGACAAAACACAGCGCUUGGUUUCCGUCUUGCUUAGAACAGACUAGUGGAAGCUUUCGAUUCCUCCCUAAUCAGCACUUAGACUUUCAAUAGACGCUCUUGAAAAACGGCUUCUUUUCCACUUCAUACGAAGCAUUUCGAAAAGCACUUGCACAACGACGUGAACGUGUUUGACUCUAAGCAUCAAAGCACUGGAUUGUGAGCCCCCCCCUCCCCCCCCCUCCCCCCAGCCCAUUUCAAUCUACUGACUUACAUUCGAUUUUUACGUGCUGUAUUUUGUGUGUGUGUGUGUGGCGGGGGCGGGGGGGGAGAGGGAGCGUGGGGGUGUCGGAACCUGCCCGGUUCCGGGGGCGGCGCAUCCCGCGCGCGUCGGUGCUGGUAACGUACGGGCAAAACCCUCUGCUCCCAGGCGACGGUCAGUAGUGUUCUCACAAAGCCAUGAAAACUUUUUCUCUGUAGUGUUGAGUGAUACUGUGAUUAAAAUGUUAUUGAAUGAUUCCAAGAUUAUUUUUUUUUUUCUCUUUCUUCUUCUGUCAUUAAUUCUUAGUACCACUUUGGAAAAAAGAAUGAAAAAGAAAAAAAAAAAAAAAAAAAAGGCAGCUUUGAUUUCCAAAUGUGCAAUUCACAUGUGAACAAAGUAAUUCUGAAAGUAAUUCUCAAUGUAUUUUACAUUCUCGUUGCUCUCUUCAAAGCGAGAGAUGUUUUGCCCUGAUGUCAUUUCCAGCCUGCAGAAGAUGUAAUUUAAAACAUAUAUAUAUUGUGCUUGCGAGAAUCAUAAAUCUGUGCAUCCCAUGUCAUUCCUUUUCCCAUUGUUACAAUACAGAUAUGAUUUUAGGUUGUUUGUUUUUUUUUUUUCUUUAGAACUGUAUAGUGUUUUUUUAAAUCAAUUGUAAAUGUCUGGUUUUCAUAUAAUGUUUAAAAAACAUUGAGAAAGAGGAUGGUGCUUGUUCCAUAUCAUUCUUGAUUGUAUAUUGCUUCUGUUAUGUUUAUAAGUAAACUGUGCAUGACUUGUGUUUAGCAGUCAUUAUUGUGUCUGUUUGUGAAAUUUUUAUUAAAAAGAAAAAAAUUCCGUAGAUGCACUUAUUGUAUAUGUGAUUAGAUUUUGCGUCCGAGGCUAGAAGCCUUGAACUGCCAAGGAAGAAAAAAAAAAAAAGUGUUGGCAGUUAUUAAUUAAUAUGAAAUCGCUUUGUUGGGAGCAUAAUGAAAUAAAAGAUAUGAAGUGUAGAAAAUAAUUAAAAAAAGCGAUUUUACAGAUUUCAUUUUGAUGCUUGUGAUAAAAGACAAAUGUACUUGUGUAGAGAAAUUCCUUUAAAAUAAUGAAUAGAAAAAGCUGAUUUUGAGGUUAAUGCUGUAGAAUAGGAAUGUAUACCAAAUGUAAUCUUUCCAAUGCUACAAUGAAUUUAUACAUGAGAUUGAUAUGCAA